AUGGCCGCGAGACUCGGCGCCUUCCUCACGAAUGCUUGGGCCAAGGAGCCAGUACUGGUCGUGUCCUUCUUCAUCGGGACCCUCGCUAUAAUUCUGACCCCACUCAGCCCCUACUUCAAGUACUCUGUCAUGAUCAACAAGGCCACGCCCUACAACUACCCAGUGCCUGUCGGCGAUGAUGGGAACAUGCUUGACAUACCAAGCCACCCCUAG